GUGAUAUACUUAUGAUGGAUGAAGAAGGCUACUUAUACUUCAAGGAUCGCACAGGAGAUACAUUCCGCUGGAAGGGCGAAAAUGUUUCAACUAGUGAAGUGGAAGCAGUUAUCUCUAAAACAGCCGGUCAUGCAGAUGUUGUAGUUUAUGGAGUUGAGGUUCCUGGAGCUGAGGGUCGUGCAGGUAUGGCAGCCAUCUUAGACACUGAAGACACUCUGAACUUGGAGGAACUUUAUGCAGGAGUUGUGAAAGCACUUGCUUCAUAUGCUCGUCCACUGUUUGUUAGGAUUGCCCAAAAACUAGAAAUGACUGGAACUUACAAGCUUAAGAAAAUUACCUUGAAAAAAGAGGGAUUUAACCCAAAUGUGAUUGAGGACAAGAUGUACUUUUUGGAUACGAAGAAGAAAGCAUAUGUCCCUCUUACUAUUGAUCUUUAUGACAAGAUUGUUGGUGGGGAAGUGAGGAUGUAAACUGAGAUAAAAUGCAGUAUUAUAGAAAUGUUAAACAGCUGUGGUGCACCCUUGUUGUAAAAAUAACAUUUUCAUUAUGAGAUUAGUGUCAAAUCUAGUACAAGUAGCCAAUAAAGAUUUCUUAUAUUGACUGGCAGAUUAUACUGGUAUUCAAAGAUAUUCCAAGACACAAAUCUUUUGGCUUAUUUGUAGACUGAAUACUGACAUAUGGACCUGAUUCUUGUUUUGUAUACAUUAAAAAGCACUGUAAGCGCAUCUUCAGGAAGACACUUAUGAAACUUGCAUAAUUAAUCACUAUAUAUUCCUACCUAUUGAUGGUUCCAGGGUUGCCCUCCCUUGUGGCCUGGUCCCAGACCAGGCCUGGUUGAGGGUCUGAUGAGUCGUGCUUUUUGUGCUACUAACACAGUCCAGUGUAGGCAUCACAGCAUAGCUGCACAGAAACUGACUGGAAGAACCUGCCAUUUAGCCACUUCCCUCAUACUGUGUUUGAAAUUGUUGAAAUGUGUCAAUGAGUCGGUGUUUAUAUCCUAAAAAAAUUACAGAUUCUAUGAAACAAAUAAUGCACAUAAUCUAAAAAAAAUAGUGGUCAAUGAAUAUGAAUACAGUAUUGAUAAUUGUGAUUACCCUGGAAGUAAUAGAGCACAAGGUAGUGUUUAAACUUUAAAAUGUUUAUUAGAGAAUAAGCUUAUUUUGGUUCAGGGCAGUAAUGCAGCUAUUGCAUUUUUUCAGAUUAGGAUAAAGUGUUACUAGGAUAUAAAUUUUGCCCACCUCAGGAAUUUCUGAAAUUUAGUUUCCUUGCACUAACCUUAAUUACAAAGGGUAGCUGAUUUAGACACACACAUUCUGUGGGGUUAAUGCAUACUGUGAAAUAUUAAAUACUACUUUCCUUAAAACUGUUUAACUUUAAAGGUUCAAGAGGAAUGUUUAUAGACAUAAUACAUGGAAAAGGAAGCAUUACAUGUUCAUACAUGUUCUGUUGGUUUUCUAUAUGUUAGGGCCAUAAACUGAUAUAAAUGCAUUUAUUUCUUCUCAUGGUUGUUUGAAGCCUCUAGUCAUACUUUAUUUAUGUACUGUAUGGUAUUGUAUGAUUACCUACCUGAUCUUGCAGUGUUCUUACUUCUUUGGACUGACUGAUGAGAAAUAACAUUUUCGUAUUUAGUUUGAAUUCCGUGUAAGAGGACUGCUUAUACUAUCAUUGUCCAAUUUAUUCAGUGUCCAUGUGGCUCAUUUGGGUGUUUUAAGAUAGUUCCAUCCAUGCUCUUAUGAUCUCGAUUCUUCUCUGAUAAAGAACAUAUCCUGGUCUACCCUACCCAAGCCUUUGAGUAUUUUGUAUGCUAAAAUCAUAUCCCCUCUUUAUUAUUAUUUCAGACAGAAAGCCUAACUCUUGCAUUCUUUUAUUUUUCAUAGUUCAUUUCUUCUCACCUAAUUACUUUUGACUGAAGUCAUUUUGUUAUUACUAGGUGAGGGCUACCAGGAGGGUAUUUCAUACAGAUACUGUGUUCUCAGGAAUGGUCCACCUGUAUGAUGGAAAUAAUGUUCUGAACAUAUUUUUUUUAUAGAUACUGUCUGGCACUCUUGUGUUUUUAUGUUUUCAAACUUAGCCUGUACUGCUUCCAGGUUUGGGGGUAAUGAUUAUUCUUAGAUCUUUUUCUUUUAACUUUCCAUGAAUUAUUUUUACCUGGUUAUUACCUCUUUAUUAUUUAACUCUUGCUAGAGUUAAACUUUAAUAAACAUUCUUAAAGUCUACAAAUGUGCAACAUAUUUGAUGGCAGCUGUAAGUGUAACUACUAAUCUACAGACUUCAAAAUUCUUUCCAAAUGUCUAAUUUGUAAUAGGCCCAGGCUUUCAUUGUUGGCCUUGCAGGUUCAAGGAUAAAUUUAGCAAGGUUAAAUCAGGUUUUAAAGUUAAUUUUGAUUCAAAAUGAAGCAUUUGCAUUGUAUACCAUGUUAAAUGUGUGUAAAUAUAUAUACUGGUAUGCAAAAUACAUGUGCAUAUCAAAAGUAUGUGUUUGAAAAAUCUAGUUUUAAUAUAGGGCCAUUUGUUUGAUCAGUUUGGCUUUAGGCAUAGCAUAUAUUCAUAAUAUGUAUAAAAAUCUGACUAGAGGCUCAAAAGAACCCAUAAGAAGAAAUAGUAUGCUGUAUAUUUAUCUCUGCUCAUGGUACCUUUCAAGCUUUUGGUCAUAUUAGCUCUGCAUACCUGUAUGGAAGGUUUCAGUAACAUAACUCAUAUACUGGUUAAUGUGUCCACAGAUGGUGGACAUAGCUGUUAGAAAUCACUCCAGGAUAUUCUGUAUGUUACAUCACUAACUGGGGUAUGUAGUACCUGACUAGCAUUGAGGUACUGUUUUGCAUAAUAUAUUUGACUUGUGGCAUAUGGCUUCUUGAUAUUAUAAUAAAAUAAGGAUUAAUAAAAUAAUACAGCUUCUUACUCCAUAGGGUGCUACUGUAUAGUUUGAGAUGUAUUAUUUAUAUGUUGAGAUGAGAUACCACAACCAUGACUGAUAUAUCUCAGUGGUUUUUUUUUUUUAACUAGUUUGUAAAAUGUAUUAACUUUCUAUAUAUAUUUACAGUAGUUUUAUAUUUUUCCAUUUUUUUUCAUGUGUUUUUAGUGGAGGUAAUUUUAAUUUGCAUAUUCUGGCUUGGCAGUGUUUCAACUUUAAUCAGUAAUGAAAUAAGUUUAAAGGAGGUAUUAUUUUAAUACUGCAUAGUUUGAUCUUUGUUUCUUAGUAAAAAUAGCUUAAUGUAGUGGAGAAGGCUCUCCACUACAUGAGAAUACAUGCAUUAUUCAUUCAGUAUUACAUACUGUAUUUUAGCUUUUUUUUUUUUUACACAACGGUGUUAAUCUUGAUACAAUAAAUUUGUAACAUCUUUGUGUGUUAGAAAAGCUUGAGCAGUAAUAUUGUUGGGAAUUGUCACCACCUAAAGUAGUUGUGAAACAAGAGGUACAUUUCACUGAACAUGAGAAUAUAUUUUGCAGUUAUGUUUAUUACCACUUUUAGUUGAGGGGAAAAGGGUAAUAAUUUUAUGUAAAACAUAGCAUGAAUAAGCAUUGAGACAGUUGUGAAAGCAUGGUGAAUGUGUGCUGAAAUACAUACUUAAGUCUCUCUUCAUACAGCUCACACAGUGUCUUGAAUAACCUAUAUAUCAAGGACUUUUGUAUUUUGACCAUGAAUUAUGCCUUAAGAGGUUAUUCCAUAUCAUUGUUAUUGUAGAAAUAAAUCAUGCUGAUGAAA